AUGGCCUCGAACGCCCACCGCUCGCCCGAGCAGACGUCGGCCGUCGACGUCUCGCACACGCCGUACACAAAGGUCACGACGCCGCCCAAGCGCGUGACGAGACAAGAGACGUUCAACAGCGACGCCGAGACGGGAUCGAUUGGGUCCAUUGCGGCCAAGACGCACUGCGGGGACGAAGGCGGUCAAGAAGAGAGACGCAGACGACGCAGCAGUAGUGUUCGUGACAGGCGCGGGACGUACGGACGCGACGGGCGCGUUGGAGAGGCGACGUGGGAGGCGGACAAUGACACUGCAGUGGACAUUAGUCGCACAGACGACGUGGGGCCGCGACACGAAGCACCGGCGAGGAAAGACACGAACCCGAGCAGCAAAGAGGGCGUGACAGAGUGCCCCAUGCAGAUGGGUUCAGCGCCGAGGAACAACUCGGAGCUGUCGAGUCUGCCGAGGCGGUACCUCAAUGGUCAAUUCCAAAGCAACUCGUACUUUUCCAGGCGACUACUGCGUCUCUCGCAGCUGAUCGUCGUUGGGGACAUUGUGGCGCUCGGCUUUUUUUAUUUCUACAAAGCAGGCGACGGUCAGGGCGGCUUACGUGGCAAGUUGUACGUCGGCUCGCCACUACAAGUCCUGGUAUCGAGCAACGAAACGAGCUGCUCGACGUCGCUGGCGCUAGCAGCUUUGGUGUACCAUUUAUUCCCGGCUGUGUUCAUAAUAGGACUGCCCGCUUCGGGACUCCGGGUGUUUGAGCCAUUUAGGAGAGAACAGCGGUUUGAUCGCGGUGGGCGACUGCAGAAAGUCAAGCGGACGAUUUGUUUCCAGCUUUGUGAGCUCGUGGGCGCUUGGAUUUUCGUGUACGAAGCGCUGAUUCUCGGCUACUUUGUCUAUUACGUUGCAAGCGGACACAUCUUUAUCAACUGCGACCCUGAUGUCAAAGCCUAUGUCUUUUGUGGCGGUGCACUCAUCAUGUUCUGGCUGCUUUUCGUCCUCAUGCGCGCUUUUGCUCGAUUCCGGGAACAUCUCAAGAUGCAAUUGGGUGCAUUCAAAGAGAGUGAUCAGACGGGUGACGUCAAAGCACACAUGCUGCGAUCGAAAAUGAAGCGCAAACAACGUCAGCAGCAAAAGAACAGCAACGAUGCGGAAGCUUCCCCACUGACUCCAACCAAAUCGGUCGUUGUCAAGGACGUUCGCAAGAGACUUUAUCGUGGAGCCCAGCUUGGUGACCUGAGGCUGAUUCGGCGCUCGAUUCGUAUUGCAAAGCUUCAUUUAGGUGAGAACUUUGCGAAAGAACUGUACCCCGACCCGGUCAUGGUGUUUGGCAUCUUUGGGCUUGCCAAGAAGAAUCCCAUGCAUGUGGCCGCGUAUCAGGGCAACAUUGCAGCCAUGGAAUUGCUAUUCAAGGCACGUUUUCAGGUCAAUUCGUUCGACAAGGUCUCGCGUGUGCGAUUUACUACAGGUGAUCUGUUCUUGUACCUUGCGAGCUACUUUAUCCAGAAACCUGUUGUCUCAGCUGACGAGACGUAUAGCUCCGUGUUCAAGACGACAUUGGUGACACCGUUGCAUUGCGCUGUGAGCACCGGUCGUCUGGCCGCUGUGCGGUGGCUCGUUGCCCACGGAGCCGACGUCAACCUCUGUUCGAAGUCGUCAUACCGCUCGGAAAGCCGUUUGCCACCUAUUUUUCUGGCCGACCACCCCGAGAUUGUGCACGUGCUGCUUCGAGCAGGCGCAAAUCAUCUCGCCAUUCCAGAUCCCGGUCACAUGAACACCAUCACAGUGUUGCAGCUCGCAUACUUGCGAGGUAAUUAUGCCGCUGCGCAGAUACUUGAAGACUGGGGAGGUGACGUUGCACUGACACCGCUACAUGCAGCCGCAGCUAUGGGUGACGUUGCAACUAUCCGAGCUUUGUUGCGAAAAAAAGUGAAUCCAGACGUUCUAGGUGAGCUGGGCUACGUUGGACUUAACAAGCGUACACCGCUACAUUGGGCAGCAAUAAAUGGUGCAGUCGACGCUGUAGAGAUUCUGCUCGCUGCGAAAGCUGAUGCUAAUUUUCAAGAUGCACAUGGACGUACAGCGCUACAUUGGGCGGCCCGUGUGAAUCGCGUCGAUAUUGUGCGGGUGCUGUUGGCGCAUGGAGGGGACCCAACGAUUGUAGAUGAUGGAGAUAUGACGCCCAUUAUGUGUGCUGCUUGCGCUGGCGGGACUACUGCCGAUAUGUUCAAGGCUUUGGUUACUAGUGGUGGUGAUAUCAACCAUCAGCUGCACUCGACAGGUGACACAGCAUUGCACUUGGCGGUGAAGUUGGACGAUCAACAAACAGCCUUAGCAUUGCUGAGUAUGGGAGGUGACAUCAUGCGCACGAACCACAACGGCUUUCGGCCUAUUGAUUGCACUACGUCGACGAGACUGCAGUUCGAGAUUAAGCGAGCAGCAGGCACUCGAGACGUGAUGAUCAGCUACACGCACUCCCACAAGGAGUUUGCGUUAAAACUUCGCAAAUCGCUCGAAGAUGCCAGCAUUACCGUGUGGCUUGAUCUCAUGGAUCCUAGUGGAAUCGGUGGUGGGUCUGUCUGGCGAGAGGAGAUUGCACGUGGUAUCACAAAUGCUGCAGUAGUGCUUUGCAUCUUAACAGAGGACUACGCGUCGUCUGAGUGGUGUCUGAAGGAAUUGGCACUAGCGAAACAAGUUGGCAUACCAAUUAUGGCCAUUUCUACGGAGCAUGCAACGAUAUCCGAGGAGCUUCAAGUGUAUUUGUACACACGACAGCUUGUACCGUUUGAAGUUGCUAUCGUGCACGUGAAGCAAGUGACUGAAAAAGAGAUCCGAUAUGAAUACGACGAUGGAGUGUACAAGAACCAGCUACGGAUGUUAUUGGAUGGUAUGCGUGACGAAAUUGAAAAGCGCAAGGAAGAAAAUAUCAAGCGCAACAUGCGUCGUGCUGAAACAAAUCUAACGCUAGGGUCUGGCCAUGGAGGUAGCGGUAUGCGCAGCCGCCGCAUUUAUCGCGCAGCGUCUCAGAUGAGCUACACGUACACGAAUAGUAUGGGAUCGAUAAAGUUUGAUGAGCGAGCACCGACAGCGGCACCGUUCGACAUGCCCGGCUACUAUGCCAACGAUUCGUAUAGCUCACCGAUUCACGAAGUUGAUGACGGCUCAGCAAUGCCCGUCAUGGUCGGUAACAGCCGUCGUCGUGGUGCACCGGGAUCUGCUCAUUCAAUCGGAUCCAACGGCGUGUUUUCGACUGGCCAGCGCAGCCCGUGGCUUAGCAACGCCUACGACUACACCAGCACCAACAUGAGCAUCUUGAGCAGUACUAGCAGUUCCAACAGCUUUGUUGAUGACUGCGGCGUUUCUGAUAGCAUUGUGCUCGACACAGGUGGGUACUAUUUUCACCAAGCACCCGGUAGCGAAAAGCAUAAGCAAGGAAGUCGCAACAACGCUAUUCUUACCGAGACCGACGGGCUGGAUGCUAGCGACAGUAUUGUGGAGGAUUUGCAGGAGCUGAACACGGCGACGGCCAGUGGUGAACAAUUCGUAUUCAUCAGCCACGGAGACCAUCACCAGCGGUUUGUGCAAAAGUUGUGCGUCGAGAUGUGCCGUGAGGGCGGCCUCAGGUGCUAUGUGGACCGUAAGCACAUAGUGGAGCUUUCAACGACGAUUGCGGAAGACAAGGAAGAGGAAUUGGAAAAGAAGAAGUCGAUGCGUCUGAUACUACCGCGAAACGAAGAUAUGUCCAUGCGCAUCCACGACGCAAAGGAAGCCAUUCUCAGAUGCUCAGCGUUUGUGGUGCUUGUGUCUGAGAAGACGCUGGCCAGCGAACUCGUAAAAGACCAACUUGCGUUUGCCGAGGACAAGGGCAAGAACAUCCUACCCGUAGUGGUGAACCACAUGGACUUUGGUCUCGAUAUCAAGUACAGCCUCGCACGAAGCACGUUCUUCCACUUCUUCACGAAGGGUGACAUGAUGGGCUUUCGUCAGUCGUUACGACACUUGCUAGAUGCGCUACGUGAAGAAGUGUACGGCAUUGGUGUCGAGGGUCCACUCCGCAGUGUCAAGUCUGGUACUCGCCCCUCCCGCUUCAAACACGGUGAGCACCAGUAUCCGAGAUUAUAUGGUGGUGGCCACGCAUCCAGCUUUAGCGGUGGCGGUCAUGGCAAUGGUCGUGAUGUGCAGCCUCGUGGAGGGUUCUCGACGUUGGGUGAUAGCUUCACGUCAGCUUUUGGGUCUUACAAUCCCCCGGUACUGAACGAAGUCAGUCUUCGCAUGCGCCCUCCGACUUCGGACAGUCUCUAUUGCACAAGUUCACGGAGUGACAUCCGCAACUAUGGCUUGCCUUCCACACGACUCUCGCAGACUUUUGCUGAAACCAAUGGCGCGACGCGUAGUAGGACAUCGGAUAUGAGUCUAGCUCUGUCAAUGGUUGGGAAUUUCUCGACACUCGUCGGGCGUAUCACGGAUGACGUGGAGGAGGAAGACGAAGUGCUGUCGUAUGGUGGAAUGCAGGAUGACGAGUUUGAUUUGAUUGACGAGGUGGAAGAUGAGGAGAAUCGGGAAGCACCUCAUGUGGUGGAAGCAGUUUCGUUGUUCUCAAGUACAUUGCAGCAACAACGUGCAGGUGACGGCAUCUCUGAUACCCGUCAACGGGGAUCUGACUCCUCCAUCAGUAUGUUGGAAGUGACUGAACCACCUGUCGGCGUUGACAUUACGGUGCUGGGCGACGAAUGA